GACGAGGGGAGAAAGUGAAGGGAGGAGGGAUCCAGGAGGAGGCUUUUUUUCCCCUCCCCCCAUCCCGCAGGAGGACGGGGGGGGGAAGGAAACGAGGAGAGGAGGGAGAAGUGCCCCAGCAGCAGCAGCAGCAGCAGCAGCAGCGCGGGCGGCGUGGUGAGAGGAGAAGGAAGCUGCUAGAGGGCGGCGGCGGCUCAGGAUCCAGGCUCGCCCAGCAGCUCAUGCCAGGCUGCGGUCACCGCUUCUCCCUUGGCUGCCGCUCCCGCUUGGCAAACCAGUGUCGGGCUCUGAGCGCGGCCGGGCGGCCCCUCCCCCUCGCGUGCGCUCCGGCGCCCCCCCCCCUCCCCCCCGGCCAGGCGGUUCUGUGACUGAAAAUGAGCAAAAAUGUCUGACAAAAUGUCCAGUUUUCUGUACAUCGGGGACAUCGUGUCCCUCUACGCGGAAGGCUCAGUCAACGGCUUCAUCAGCACCCUGGGGUUAGUGGAUGACAGAUGUGUGGUUCAGCCAGAGGCAGGUGACCUUGCCAACCCUCCUAAGAAGUUCCGAGAUUGCCUUUUCAAGGUGUGUCCUAUGAACCGAUAUUCUGCACAGAAGCAAUACUGGAAAGCUAAACAAGCCAAACAAGGAAACCAUACAGAAGCAGCCUUGCUUAAGAAACUACAACAUGCGGCAGAAAUGGAACAGAAGCAGAAUGAAUGCGAAAACAGAAAGUUGUUGGGCGAAAUCGUAAAAUAUAGCAAUGUCAUACAGUUACUGCACAUAAAAAGCAACAAAUAUCUCACCGUCAAUAAGAGGUUACCAGCUCUCCUGGAGAAGAAUGCUAUGCGGGUAUCUCUGGAUGCUGCGGGGAAUGAAGGGUCCUGGUUUUACAUCCAGCCAUUUUGGAAGCUGAGGAGCGAAGGUGACAAUAUAGUUGUGGGAGACAAAGUUGUACUGAUGCCAGUCAACGCGGGGCAGCCUCUGCAUGCCAGCAAUAUAGAGCUGCUAGAUAAUCCAGGCUGCAAAGAGGUAAAUGCUGUUAAUUGCAACACAAGCUGGAAAAUAACUUUAUUCAUGAAAUACAGUUGCUACAGAGAAGACGUUCUUAAAGGAGGGGAUGUUGUUAGACUGUUCCAUGCAGAGCAAGAGAAGUUUCUGACCUGUGAUGAAUAUGAGAAGAAACAACAUAUUUUCCUUCGUACAACAUUGCGUCAGUCAGCCACUUCUGCAACAAGUUCUAAAGCACUGUGGGAAAUAGAGGUUGUACAUCAUGAUCCAUGCCGUGGAGGAGCAGGACAAUGGAAUAGCUUGUUUAGAUUUAAACAUCUAGCCACUGGGAACUACUUAGCUGCAGAGCUUAAUCCACACUAUCCAGAUGGGAAUACUGAAGGAAAGGUCAUGGGCCCAGUGCAAGCAAAAACCCUUGUGCCUAAUCAACAGAGAGACGGCGACCUUCCUGCUUCAAAGAAGAAACGGCAAGCAGGGGAGAAGAUUAUGUAUACUUUGGUCUCUGUACCACAUGGAAAUGACAUCGCAUCUCUCUUUGAACUGGAUGCCACCACUCUUCAGAGAGCUGAUUGCCUGGUUCCAAGGAACUCUUAUGUUCGGUUGAGACACCUAUGUACUAAUACUUGGGUGACCAGUACUAGUAUUCCUAUAGAUGCAGAAGAAGAGAGGACAGUGAUGUUGAAGAUUGGGACUUGCCAAACAAAAGAAGACAAGGAAGCUUUUGCCAUUGUAUCUGUUCCUCUGUCUGAGGUCAGAGACUUGGAUUUUGCCAAUGAUGCCAACAAGGUUUUAGCAUCCACUGUUAAAAAGCUGGAGAAUGGAACAAUAACACAAAAUGAAAGGAGGUUUGUAACCAAGCUGUUAGAAGAUCUCAUUUUCUUUGUUGCUGAUGUUCCUAAUAAUGGGCAGGAAGUUUUGGAUGUGAUGAUCACCAAGCCAAACCGGGAAAGACAAAAAUUAAUGCGGGAACAAAAUAUAUUGGCCCAGAUAUUUGGGAUCCUCAAAGCUCCUUUUAAGGACAAAGGAGGAGAGGGAUCAAUGCUGAGACUUGAAGAUCUAGGAGACCAGAGAUAUGCUCCGUACAAAUACAUGUUAAGGCUAUGUUACAGAGUCAUCAGACAUUCCCAGCAGGACUAUAGGAAAAACCAGGAAUAUAUUGCUAAGAACUUCUGCAUCAUGCAGUCUCAGAUUGGUUAUGAUAUUCUGGCAGAAGACACCAUCACAGCUUUGUUGCACAACAACAGAAAACUACUUGAGAAACAUAUCACGUCUAAAGAAAUAGAAACAUUUGUUAACUUACUCAGGAGGAAUCGAGAGCCAAGAUUCCUGGAUUAUCUAUCAGACCUGUGUGUUUCUAACACAACUGCCAUACCCGUAACUCAGGAACUCAUCUGUAAAUUUAUGCUGAGUCCAGGGAAUGCUGACAUCCUCAUCCAAACCAAGCUGGUUUCAAUGCAAAUAGACAAUCCCUUGGAAUGCGCCAUCAUCCCAGAGGAUAUUGAUGAGGAGGAGGUCUGGCUCUACUGGAUUGACAGUAAUAAGGAACCACAUGGCAAAGCUAUCAGGCAUCUGGCCCAGGAGGCUAAGGAAGGCACAAAGGCUGAUUUAGAAGUCCUUACCUAUUACAGGUACCAAUUAAACCUCUUUGCAAGGAUGUGCCUGGAUCGUCAGUAUCUAGCCAUAAACCAGAUUUCAACACAGCUGUCAGUAGACUUGAUCCUACGAUGUAUGUCUGAUGAAAGCCUCCCUUAUGACCUCCGGGCUUCUUUUUGCCGUCUUAUGCUGCACAUGCACGUUGACAGAGAUCCUCAGGAGUCAGUAGUACCUGUUAGAUAUGCCAGACUGUGGACUGAAAUUCCUACCAAGAUCACAAUCCAUGAGUAUGAUUCUUUCACAGACUCCUCGAGAAAUGAUAUGAAGAGAAAAUUUGCUUUGACCAUGGAAUUUGUAGAAGAGUACUUGAAAGAAGUUGUAAAUCAGCCAUUUCCUUUUGGGGACAAAGAGAAAAACAAACUUACAUUUGAGGUGGUGCAUCUGGCUCGAAAUCUCAUAUACUUCGGCUUUUAUAGUUUUAGUGAGCUGCUCAGACUGACCAGGACACUUCUGGCUAUUCUAGAUAUUGUUCAGGGUCCUAUGUCAUCAUACUUCGAAAGACUAAGCAAAUUUCAGGAUGGAGGAAACAAUGUUAUGAAGACCAUCCAUGGUGUGGGAGAGAUGAUGACACAAAUGGUACUGAGCAGAGGAUCUAUCUUUCCCAUCAGCGUACCUGAUGUACAGCCAAGCCUCCACUCGAGCAAGCAGGCCAGCCCAGACAGUGAAGAUGUGACUGUGAUGGACACCAAAUUAAAAAUCAUUGAGAUCUUGCAGUUUAUCCUUAGUGUUAGACUGGACUAUAGAAUAUCCUACAUGCUGUCUAUCUAUAAGAAAGAAUUCGGAGAAGACGGCGAGAAUGUUGAUAGCUCCACCACCUCUCCACCAGACACACCAGGGUUUGUCUCAGCAAUUGUUCCUGACAUAGAUGAAAUUGCAGCUCAGGCCGAGACAAUGUUUGCUGGCAGAAAAGAAAAAAAUCCAGUGCAACUUGAUGAUGAGGGGGGCAGAACGUUUCUACGAGUCCUCAUUCACCUUAUCAUGCAUGACUAUCCUCCUUUGCUGUCAGGAGCCCUACAGCUGCUAUUUAAGCAUUUCAGCCAAAGAGCAGAAGUUUUGCAAGCAUUUAAACAGGUCCAGUUACUGGUGUCUAAUCAGGAUGUGGACAACUACAAGCAAAUCAAAGCUGAUCUUGACCAGCUCCGACUGACUGUAGAAAAAUCUGAACUAUGGGUUGAAAAGAGCAGUAGCUACGAGAGUGGGGAGCUAGGUGACAGUCAGGCGAAAGGGGGUGAAGAACCGAUAGAGGAACCCAAUAUUUUAAGCCCAGUGCAGGAUGGGACCAAAAACCCUCAGAUUGACAGCAAUAAGAGUAAUAAUUACAACAUUGUUAAGGAGAUUUUGAUUAGACUCGGCAAACUCUGUGUUCAGAAUAAAAAAUGUUGGAAUCAGCAGCAGCGAUUGCUGAAAAAUAUGGGAGCUCACUCGGUGGUGCUGGACCUUCUGCAGAUACCCUAUGAAAAGACCGAUGAAAAGAUGAAUGAAGUCAUGAAUCUAGCCCACACUUUCCUUCAGAAUUUCUGUCGAGGAAAUCCUCAGAAUCAAGUUCUCCUCCACAAAAACCUCAAUUUGUUCUUAACUCCUGGUCUGCUUGAAGCUGAAACAAUGCGGCACACCUUUAUGAACAAUUACCAUCUGUGCAAUGAAAUUAGCGAGAGAGUAGUGCAGCACUUCGUACACUGUGUAGAGACACAUGGCCGACAUGUGGAGUACCUGCGUUUUCUGCAGACAAUUGUAAAAGCAGAUGGCAAAUAUGUGAAGAAAUGCCAGGAUAUGGUAAUGACAGAGCUGAUAAAUGGAGGUGAAGAUGUGUUGAUAUUUUACAACGAUCGAGCAUCAUUUCCAGUUCUCCUACAAAUGAUGUGCUCAGAGCGAGACCGAGCAGAUGAGAGUGGACCCUUAGCCUACCACGUCACGCUUGUAGAACUGCUAGCAGCAUGUACAGAAGGAAAGAAUGUGUAUACGGAGAUCAAGUGCAAUUCACUCCUGCCAUUGGAUGACAUAGUGAGAGUGGUAACCCAUGAUGAAUGCAUACCAGAGGUGAAGAUUGCAUAUGUGAACUUUGUUAAUCACUGUUAUGUGGACACUGAGGUGGAAAUGAAGGAAAUCUAUGCUAGUAACCACAUUUGGAAAUUAUUUGAGAACUUCCUUGUUGAUAUGGCAAGGGUUUGCAACACAACUACAGACCGGAAACAUGCAGAUGCAUCUCUGGAGAAGUAUGUCACUGAACCAGUAAUGAACAUUGUGAGUGGCUUCUUCAGUUCUCCAUUUUCAGAUAACAGCACCAGCCUCCAGACACAUCAGCCAGUUUUUAUUCAGCUGCUUCAGUCUGCUUUUAGAAUUUACAACUGUACCUGGCCAAACCCAGCACAGAAGGCCUCAGUGGAGUCAUGUAUCAAAACUUUGGCUGAAGUGGCAAAGAACCGUGGGAUUGCAAUACCAGUGGAUUUAGACAGCCAGGUAAAUACCCUGUUCAUGAAGAGUCAUUCCAAUAUGGUGCAGAGAGCGGCCAUGGGAUGGAGACUGUCUGCCCGCAGUGGACCUCGUUUUAAAGAAGCUCUUGGAGGGCCUGCCUGGGAUUACAGGAAUAUCAUUGAAAAACUGCAGGAUGUAGUAUCCUCCUUGGAACAGCAGUUCACCCCCAUGAUGCAAGCUGAAUUCUCUGUGUUGGUUGAUGUAUUGCAUAGCCCUGAACUUCUCUUUCCUGAGGGGAGUGAUGCAAGAAUAAGAUGUGGUGCUUUCUUGUCCAAGUUGAUAAAUCACACAAAGAAACUAAUGGAGAAAGAAGAAAAACUUUGCAUUAAAAUUCUUCAGAUAUUACGGGAAAUGCUCGACAAGAAAGACAGCUUUGUGGAAGAGGGCAACACUUUAAGGAAAAUACUUCUAAAUCGUUACUUUAAAGGAGACUAUGGAAGUGGUAUGAAUGGGCCUCUGUCCGGCAGCUACAGCAAAACUGCACAAGUGGGAGGUGGCUUUUCAGGACAAGAUUCAGAUAAGUCUGGGAUAUUGAUGUCUGAUAUUCAGUGCCUUCUGGAUAAAGAAGGUGCAUCGGAACUAGUCAUAGAUGUUAUAGUAAGCACCAAAAAUGACAGAAUUUUCUCAGAAGCCAUCUUACUUGGUAUUGCAUUGCUUGAAGGUGGAAAUACACAAACACAGUAUUCUACUUACCAGCAAUUGAACGAACAAAAAAAGUCAGAAAAAUUCUUUAAAGUUCUGCAUGACCGCAUGAAAACUGCUCAGCAGGAAAUACGAUCAACAGUGACAGUCAACACUAUUGAUUUGAGUAGCAAGAAGAAGGAUGAUGAUAGUGACAUAACCAUAUCUGCUCCAAGAAAGAGAGUAAGGGAUUCAACACUGCACCUGAAACAGGGCAUGAAGGGGCAGUUAACAGAAGCGUCUUCUGCAACAUCCAAAGCUUACUCUGUGUAUAGAAGAGAAAUGGACCCAGAAAUAGAUAUUAUGGGCUCAGCAACAGAUGCUACAAACACAGAAGAAAAGUCCAUGGAGGAAGCAACAAUGAGCCCUGCUAUCACAAUCAUGCAGCCAAUACUGAGAUUUCUUCAGUUGCUAUGUGAGAACCACAACCGAGAGCUCCAGACCUUCUUAAGAAAUCAGAACAACAAAACAAAUUACAACCUAGUGUGCGAGACUCUCCAGUUCUUGGACUGCAUUUGUGGAAGCACGACCGGCGGCCUGGGUCUGUUGGGGCUAUACAUCAACGAAAAGAACGUAGUGCUGGUGAACCAAACCCUUGAGAGCUUGACCGAAUACUGCCAAGGCCCAUGUCAUGAAAAUCAGACCUGCAUUGCUACCCAUGAGUCUAAUGGAAUUGAUAUUAUAAUUGCACUGAUCCUGAAUGACAUAAACCCUCUUGGCAAAUAUUGCAUCGACCUGGUGCUUCAGCUAAAGAACAAUGCCUCUAAGCUUUUGCUGGCUAUUAUGGAAAGCAGGCAUGACAGUGAGAAUGCAGAAAGAAUCCUUUUUAAUAUGAGACCAAGGGAACUGGUGGACGUAAUGAAGAACGCAUAUAAUCAGGCUCUGGAAUGUGAUGAUGAUGAGGAGAAUGGAGAUAAUAUUUCACCGAAAGAUGUUGGCCACAAUAUAUACAUACUGGCACAUCAGUUGGCUCGCCACAAUAAAACAUUGCAGCAGAUGCUGAAGCCAGGGUCUGAUCCAGAAGAAGGAGAUGAAGCCUUGAAGUACUAUGCCAAUCACACAGCACAGAUUGAGAUUGUCCGUCAUGAUAGAACCAUGGAACAGAUAGUCUUCCCUGUCCCGAAUAUUUGUGAAUUCCUCACUCGAGAAUCCAAAAGUCGUGUAUUUAAUACAACUGAGAGAGAUGAACAAGGGAGCAAAGUGAAUGACUUUUUCCAACAGACAGAAGAUCUGUACAAUGAAAUGAAGUGGCAGAAGAAAAUUAGGAAUAACCCAGCCCUGUUCUGGUUCUCCAGACACAUCUCUCUCUGGGGGAGCAUUUCCUUCAACUUGGCUGUAUUCAUCAAUUUAGCAGUUGCUCUCUUCUACCCCUUUGGAGAUGAUGGAGAUGAAGGCACGCUUUCUCCACUGUUUUCUGUCCUUCUUUGGAUAGCACUGGCAGUCUGUACAGCUAUGCUGUUUUUCUUCUCCAAGCCUGUUGGUAUCCGACCUUUUUUAGUGACUGUAAUUCUCAGGUCUAUAUACACAAUAGGGCUUGGGCCUACGUUGAUACUUCUCGGUGCUGCUAAUCUUUGUAACAAAAUAGUAUUUCUGGUGAGCUUUGUUGGAAACCGGGGCACAUUCACUCGAGGCUACAGAGCCGUCGUUAUGGACAUGGCCUUUCUCUACCAUGUAGUGUACGUCCUGGUCUGCAUGCUGGGCCUCUGUGUCCACGAAUUCUUCUAUAGUUUCCUGAUGUUUGAUUUGGUGUACAGAGAGGAGACUUUGCUCAAUGUCAUCAAAAGUGUUACCCGAAAUGGCCGCUCCAUUAUCCUUACUGCAGUGCUAGCUCUCAUCCUGGUCUACCUCUUCUCCAUCAUUGGGUUCCUGUUCUUGAAAGAUGACUUCAUCAUGGAGGUGGACCGGUUGAAAAACAGAACACCUAUUGCAGGUAUUGGUGAAGUUCCUACCACAACUCUAACAUCCAUGAUAGAAACAUGUGCAAAAGAAAAUUGCUCUACUGCCCUACCUAUUACCAACCCAGGUGAGGAAGAAAAGGAGAAUGGAAUUGAGAGGACCUGUGACACUCUGCUAAUGUGCAUUGUUACAGUAUUAAACCAAGGCCUGAGAAAUGGCGGUGGUGUGGGGGACGUGCUAAGAAAGCCUUCCAAAGAUGAGCCCUUGUUUGCUGCCCGAGUUGUUUAUGAUCUUCUGUUUUAUUUCAUCGUCAUAAUUAUUGUUCUGAACCUCAUCUUUGGAGUCAUCAUUGAUACAUUUGCUGACCUUAGGAGUGAAAAACAGAAAAAAGAGGAAAUCUUAAAGACAACGUGUUUUAUUUGUGGACUUGAGAGAGACAAGUUUGAUAAUAAGACAGUUUCAUUUGAGGAGCACAUAAAGUCAGAACACAACAUGUGGCAUUAUUUGUACUUUAUCGUUCUGGUCAAAGUGAAAGACCCAACCGAAUACACUGGUCCUGAAAGUUAUGUGGCUCAAAUGAUUGUGGAGAAGAAUUUGGACUGGUUCCCUCGAAUGCGAGCCAUGUCCCUGGUUAGCAGUGAAGGUGACAAUGAGCAAAAUGAAAUUAGAAACCUGCAAGAAAAGUUGGAGACAACCAUGAGUCUUGUAAAACAACUGUCCAGUCAGCUUGCUGAGCUCAAGGAACAGAUGACAGAACAAAGGAAAAAUAAACAGAGGCUGGGCUUUCUUGGAUCAAACACACCCCAUGUGAAUCAUCAUAUGCCACCACACUGAUACAAUGGGGAGAAGCCAUGACUAGCCUUUCAUCAGUAUUCCUGCUUGAUUACAGAAUAAAAAGCUGAAAUUAAGAGGAGUGAACAGUGCCUAUUGUUGCAAAGUUAAAAACAACCAAGUGCCAAGAUGUUAAGUGAUUUAGCUCUGGGAACAAUUUGUAACGGUUUUUCAUGGCUGAAAGGGACCAAAACCUAGAAUGCAAGAAAUACAAGGGAGUUCUUCUGUAUUCAUUCUACAGGCUAAACUCUGCUGGGUUUACACUCUCUGCAACUCAAUUGGCUUCAAUGGGAACUGUAUACAAUGCAAGUCAGGGCAGUAUUUGGCUCUUCUUAAAGUCAAUUUAAGAUUUCUUCUCAAAGUAAUGGAAGACCCAAGAUAUGGGGGAGGAGCAAUAAUUUAACACCACAAAUGCAACAGCCUCCUUUAGAAUCAAUAGAAGUUAUUUCUUGUUUUAUUUACCAGAUAGCAAUAUCUGUUAUAUUUGCUUGCAUUUACUUUUUUAUUAUUAUUAUUAUUAUUACCACCACCAAAAAUACAGCAGCAGGAGCAGUUAUAACAUCACUGCAAGUUAACUUCUGUUAGAGGCAAAUCAACUCUAUACUCAGACUAAAAAAAAAGUGGCAAAGAGAAACAUGAGUGCUUUUAACUGUCAUCAUGCAAUUUCUUAUUUAUGACAUGGAGCACAAUAGAUUUACAGCUGUGGGAACUUGGAAUUAAUGCACAGACCACUGACAACAUAAAGUGAUUUUUCUCCUGGCGUCAGAUGUUCUUUAUUCAUGUAGCUGCAAGUGGAGAUUUCACAUAUUAUGAUGUUAAAUCAUGUUUUAAAUUCAAGCUCGAAAAAGGAUUUAGAACAAAAGGAUAUUUUAAAAUUUGCAUUGAGGUGACUUUUUUGGUAAAAAGCUUAAAAAUGGACUACCUAGAAGGAAUUGUAAUGGAGUCAUUACCUUCCAUAAACACACUGUAGGCCCUAUUUGACAUAAGUGAAUCAGGGCCAUAUCCUGCUGUCUUUACUCAGUCCUAGUUUCAGUGGGAAUGUUGCCUGGAUUAUAGAUCGGUUCCUGCUUGCCCUUCGUGCAUGAAACUCCUAUUGACGUCAGUAGAAGAUGAUCUUGUUGGACUGGGCCUUCAAGACAGCACUGUAGUGUCCAGCUGCAAGAGUGCACUUUUCAGCUAUAUUAUUCUAACUGUUUGAAGAGAAAAUUAUAGGGUUUGUUAAACUCCAAGGGACUUUUAGACUUAGGGGGAGGUUUCAAGGUACAAAUGGGAGUUGGGGACUUAAAUCCCUUUGAAAAAAUCAAUAGGAGUUAAGAUCUAACUGCCCUUUGUGCCUUUGAAAAGUCUCCCCUUUAAUUUUUAAGAGCGGGGUAUUUAAAGAGGCAUUCAUUAGAGCUGCUUGGGAAACCAUUUCUCUGCCCCCCCACACACACACACACACACAAAAUUUCAGGGGGCAAAAAAAAAAAAAAAAAAGGGAAAUUCAGCAAAAAUGAAUGUUAAAAGACUUAAGGUUUUCAAUCACUGAAAAGCCAAAAAAAUUCAUUUUUAAAGCAGAAAUGGAUUUUUCCAGAAGGUUUCAUUAAAAAGCCUUUUCUUUUUGGUCAAAAAUUUUGAUCAGUUUUUAACUAGCUCCAGUAUUCAUUUUAAAAAAAAUGAGUAAAUGUUACUGUUAUAAAAGCAGGUCAGGUGAGAACUGGCAGGACUGGAAGAAAAGAUGGGACGUUUCUCUCCUCUAACUAAACACACAUGUACCCCACACCCUUAUAUGGCUUCCAGGAACAGCCAUAUCUUUCACAUGGGAUAAAGGGAGAUUUUAGGGCCUCACUUACAAAAAGGGAACUCUGUAUAUGUCUUCAGCACUUUGACACUGUAUGGGUCCUGACAUGGGCUUAAUUCUGAGAGGCACUAACACUUCCAGGAUCAAGUUGUGUAUUUCCCUAUCAGAAAUGCACAUCCCAACUUGAGUCUAGCCUGCUUCAGUGGCAUCUACAUGUGUGUUACACACAAUGUAUACCAUUGUAUGCCACUCUACAUGAGUGAGCAGGAUCUACAGGGGUGAAGUUUACCACCUUCAGAAAUCCUCAGACUAUACAUGUAGGAGUUUGAACCUUAUGAUCUGUCCAUAAGGCCAUAAACACCUCACCCUAAGGAGAGUGCAAUAGAAGCUCCAUGAGGGGAGCCGCUUUUCCCCUUCUGAGAGGGCUUUCAACAUGGAAUAGUAUGAUUUGGGCUUCACUAAUUAAAACUAAUGAACCUCUAUCCUUAUCUUGUACAAGUAACAUGCUGGAGACCUACACUGGGGUUUGUUGUCUCCAAUAUGGCUGUCGUGGUGCAAACAACUAGUGUAGAUGUAGUGCACCAGUGUACACCAUGUCUUGCUUGAAACCAAUAUAAGCUGCACCAGGGUCAGUUGUGGUUUACACCACUGGAUUGCAUUCAUAUCGAGGCCUGGUCUACACUAGAAAAUUAGGUCAGUUUAACUACCACGGUCGGGGAUGUGAAAGAUCCACAUCCUUGGGCAGCAUUCUCAAGCCAACCUACGGUAAAUCUCCAUCUAGACAGCGCUAGUUCGACGGAAGAAUUCUUCCAUCGACCUAGCUACCACCUCACAGGGAGGUGGAUUACCUACACCGACAGGAGAACCUCUCCCGUCAGCAUAGGUAAUGCCUACAUUGAAGCGCUGCAGCAGCGUCGCUGUAGCAUUUGAAGUGUAGGCAUACAAUCUCUUAGGCUAUGUCUACACUAGCACUUUUGUUAGUAAAACGUAUGUUUCUCAAGGGUGUGGGGAAAAAAAAACAAGAACACCCUCCCAACCAACAGAAGUGCCGGUGGACAGCACUGUGUCAGCAGGAGAUGCUUUCCUGCUAACAUAGCUACUGCUGCUGAUUGGGGGUGGUUUCAUUAUGUCGACAGGAGAGCUCUCUCCCAUCGGCAUAGAGCAGCUACACAGGAGGUCGUACAGCUGUGUUGCUGCAAGGUCUGUAGUGUAGACCUGGCCUCAGGGUAUCACUUCAGCUACGCUGAUGCAGCUACAUCAGUGGCUGAAAUCAAAAUUUAGAUAAGGCCAGAUUUUUCUCUUCUCACUUUCCCUGAUGUAAAUAAUGAAGACAGUGGAGUUAUAGUUGUUAAGACUGGUAUAAGUUAGAGAAUCCAGCCAUAUCAUUUUUAAUUCGUUUUAGAUUUGAUAAACUGUAUAAAGUAGUCAACUCUAUUUCAAUAUCAAUUCCCUCUUACGCUCAUCAGCAGUAAAAAGUAACAUUUAUUGGAACUAAAGCAUGUUUAUGAUUGUUAUUAGUGGGGGGGGGGGGAAGAGUGGGAUAAUACUGGAAGUAGCUGGCACUUGUUUACAGUUAGAAAACCAACCAAAUGAUUGCACAAGAAGGGAGGUUUUUGCUGUAUGAGCUGGAAAACUUGAGAACAGACUUAUUUGUGCACUAAAUUCCUGAUUGCAGUUCCAAGCUGCAAGCACUCUCUCUUCCCUCAAUCCCCACUAACGUUUCCCUUCCUCACAAGAACUCAUCUAUUACAGUACAGCUGUUUAGAUGAGAUCUAAAACUGCAAAAGGAAAAAAAAAAGUUGUAAUAGACACCAGCUAAUAUUUGCCACAGUGCCUUUCUGAUGUUUAUUGCUUCCGAGACAGACCUCUUUAAAUCAAUAAGAGUAGAAAAUGCUACUUGCACAGAUCGUAAAUAUCUUUCACUUGUGUUUGACAUGCUUGCUACUUCUGCUGGAAGGUCACUGCAGGCCUUACUCACAUGAGUAAGUCUUAUCCAGGCAAGUAGUCCCAUUAACUUCAACAGGGGACACUUGCACGACCAAUUUCCAGGCCUUUAAGAGUUCAAAAAUACAACCACCCCCCAUUGAUGAAUUCAUGAAAGAAUGUGGUGGGGGAAAAAAAAUCACUUUUAUACACAUUUGUAUGUAUAUCUUUGUUUAAUGAAGCCAAGAUGUCCUAUUUAUACAAAUUGAUUGAAACUAUAAAUAUCUAUGAACUAUCAAUGCCUUAGAGGGAAAAACUAAACUAUGUCCAUUGCUGCUGACUAACUUUAUUAAAAGUUGUCAUUUUAUACAGGUUCGUUUCUGUAUAUUCCAUUGCAGAGCCGUGUGCAAAUGUGUGUUGCUGAAUUAAAAUCUUCUAAGA